GGUGAAAUCCACGUGCCGCUGCGAGCCGGAUAGCUUGGCUGGGGUUAGGGGUCAGGAUUGCGGUUGGCGGCAGCGUCCCCGCCACCUCCCGGAGACCGUGACGUCUACGGCGAGGACUUAUUAGAAGAUAGAAUUCCAUUACGUUCAGCAAGCCUCAGAAUUGUCGUCGAGCCAGCGUUUGUGUACAGGAAGCCCAGUCUGCUACGUUUGAUUAGUUUCUGUGCUUUUAUCAGCUUGUUCCGCUCGUUGAAUUAUUUCUUUGCGUUUAAUUGCUAGUCUGAUAGACCUUCAGUCUUCCUCUAUUUCGUCAUGGUGGGAAUCAACAGUCCGAUCCCAAGUAGCUUGAAGAGCGAGUGCAAGAAAUCCGCAAGGAUUCUGUCGUCGUUCAUUAAGCCUAACCAGGUCCUUGGUAUGGAUGUGGUCAUCCCUCCCUCGGUUCUCGCGCACGCCAAGGGCCUUGCUAUCAUCACUGUGCUUAAGGCCGGCUUCCUGUUCUCUGGCCGUGCUGGUUCAGGCAUUGUCAUUGCCAGAUUACCCGAUGGCGGCUGGUCUGCCCCAUCUGCGAUCGUGACGGCGGGCGCCGGUGUCGGUGGGCAGAUCGGCGCCGAGCUGACCGAUUUCGUGAUGAUUUUGAACACGCGGGCAGCAGUCGAGUCGUUCGCCCAGCUCGGCUCGAUUACGUUGGGCGGUAACAUUUCCGUUGCCGCCGGCCCUAUCGGUCGAAACGCAGAGGCCGGUGGCACUGCCUCGCUCAAGUCUGUCGCGGCCGUGUUUUCGUACUCAAAGACGCGAGGUCUUUUCGCCGGCGUCUCGCUCGAGGGCUCCGCCCUUCUCGAGCGCCGUGAUGCUAACCGCAAGUUCUACGGCGGAAACGUGACUGCGAAGCAGCUUUUGGCUGGCACGAUCGAGGCCCCACCUGCGGCCGACCCACUGAUGCGCGUGUUGGACUCGCGGAUAUUCCGCGGAAACUUCCAGUCCGUGUUUGAUGAUGAUAUAUACAACGACAUUCCGUCGUACGAUGAUGACGACGAUUCCUCGAUCGAUUCGGGUGAGAGACGAUACGGAUCGACGCGAUCGCGCAGCGAUAGUCGUGCAAAUCCCCGGUACGCGGAUGAUUACGACGAUGACUAUGACGACGAGGACGACGAAUACGCGCGGACACGGCGGCAACAACAACGCCGUAGUGGAGGCGGCGGCAGCAGUGGCAGCUCAGGCCGGGCGUCGAGAUGGCAAGACGAUGUAUACGACCGCGAAAGCUCAGGCAGCGGAGGACGUCGCAAUUUCGAGUCGACGUACAGCGACCGGCCGCAUCGCCCGACGGCGCCGAAGCCGGACUAUGGCGGCGGCGAUAGUGGGCGCCGGAUCAGGAGCGACAGCGGUGCCGAGCGGCCCGCGAGACCUCGUGGAAUCCAAGCGGUUGCGUUGUAUACGUUUGAGGGCGAGCAGGGCGGCGAUUUGAACUUCCGCAAGGGAGAUAUGAUUACGAUCACGAAGAAGAGCGAUUCCAAGGACGAUUGGUGGACUGGACGUCGGAAUGGAAAGGAGGGUAUUUUCCCUGCGAAUUAUGUAGAGCUAGUUUAGAUGUGGUUGUGACUCCAUUUAUGUGGUUAUUUCGUGUUUGAAUCUGUCUCCUCUUUCUAUUGUGUUGUUCUGAUGUUUGUUUUUUUGAUUACAUUAAAUUAUUGCGUUUGAUACUUGCAAAGUGGACGUCCGUGAAUCUGUUUUAUUAAUUGGAUAUCGAGUCGAA